GGAAGUCCCAGCAGGGUCCUUCGUUGUCUCAGAACCAGCACAGCUACUCGUGGUACCAAAAUGCUUCUGAGAGUGACAAGAAGCCGCUGGCUCAGACCAUCACCCUGAAGACCGGCUCAGAGGCCGACUCCACCUACGACUCCUGGGAGGCCAUCAUGGGUCUCCGUCCACCCUCACCCAGCCAGGAACCUCGCAACCCCGCCCCAACCCUCUCUUGGGUAUCCACGGGGGUCACCACGGGCAGCUGUAACAUACGGCAGCCCCCCUCCCCCCCACGCCUCCAGAGCCUGAGCCAGGACCUUGGGGGGGACUCAGACUUCCUCGUGGAGACAUCAGAUUACUCCCAGACUUCCUCGUCCUCCUCCUCAUCACUCAUAAGAAACUCUAACUGUCGGACAUACAGGAGGCCAAACAAACAGGGCGCCGGCAAAGCCUCGGACUCCAGCGGCUUUGACCUUCCCAAAACCACUUCAGAUGGCAGUAAUAAGACAACGGGGGGCGGAGGGGGGCGGGGAAGAGGAAGGACGAGGGACUACACGGUGCUGCACCCCUCUUCAGUUUCUAUGUGUAACGUCACCAUCCAGGAGCGGGGAGUGGAGGAGUUCAGCACUGAUGCAGCGCCCUCUAGUGGUAGCAGUGGAGCGGGUGCCGGCAGCACGGCGGAGGUGGGAGAGGCGGGCUGGCAGCGGAAAAAGACAGAACAACAAAACACCAGGUCCAGACCGACCCAGGCCAAGUCUAAGAAGGACAGCAAACUGGAGCUGUUUGGUUUCGAUGACACAGAAGUCCGUCAGGAGGAGAACAGCGCAGACAAUCCAGACGGAGGAUCCAGCUACAAGAUCAAAUACUUUGGCUUUGAUGACAUGAGUGACAGCGAGGAUGAUGAGGAUGAUAAGAGCUCUAAAGAGAGGAGAAGGGCCAAGAGGGCCGCCAUGGCCAUGGCAGACCCGGUGAUUACCAUAGAAGAAGAAACAUCUGCUGAUGAAGAGCCGCCGGAUCCCUUUGAGCGUCUGGAGACUCCAGAGAGACCGACAGUGAAGGACAAGAAGAAGAACUCUGAGCGCCAGGAGAGCCGGAUACGAGCAG